UUUUUCCCUUUUUCUGUUCUUUUCUUGUGUUGAUGCUGAUUUCUGGUUGCAAGCAUUGAUCGAAAAGACCAAUCUGAACCCAAGAAAGAUUUGGAUUUGUUGUGGAUUUCAAAAAGGAGGAGAUUGGGGUUGUUUGUGUUUAGGCUCCUGCUUGGGUUAUGGUUGUCUCUUCUACUUCUGAAGCCCGUUUUGGGAUUGCGACCAAUCAAAGAGAGGGCUCAAACAUGAGAUGGAAAGGAGCUAGGUCCUCUUUUUGCAUCAAACAUAACAAGCACAUAUCAAGGACUUUUUCUGCAGUUGGUGUGGAUCCUGCCAUCAUGGGUGUUGGCCCAACUAUUGCAAUUCCAACUGCAGUUAAAGUUGCAGGGCUUGAACUCGAUGAUAUUGAUGUUUUUGAGAUAAAUGAGACAUCCAUUGUAGUUUAUAGAUAUGUAAAUCGUGCUCUGUAUCUUUUACAUCUUACAUGUGGUCCAUCUCAUCCGAAUACUGCUGCAACGUACAUUAACUCUGCUAUGAUGGAGGAAGGCAUGGGCAAUGUGCAUAUUGCCCUUAGAUAUCUUCACAAAGCUCUGAAAUGUAACCAAAAAUUACUUGGUCCAGAUCAUAUUCAGACAGCAGCAAGUUACCAUGCUAUUGCAAUUGCAUUGUCUUUGAUGGAAGCAUACCCUUUGAGUGUCCAACAUGAACAAACAACUUUGAAAAUCCUCCGAGCAAAACUGGGUCCAGAUGAUUUGCGUACACAGGAUGCUGCCGCGCUUGGCUUGAAUACUUUGAGUCCAAGGCUUUUGAACAGAAAGCCAGAUGCAUCCAUAGCUACCAAGGGACACCUAAGGUAAAUUAAAUUAGCAUAUUCUCUGAAGAUGAGGAUCUUGAUAAAGUUGAAUGUUUUAU